GAGGCCAGGAAAGCCGAAAACAAGUGAAGACAUGUUUGGCGUUGAAGGAUCUUUCCGACAACUCCAGAUGGAUUAACUAAUAACGCCAACUUGGUUUUUAUAUACACAUGCAUCAUGUCUGUUGCCGUUCGACCUCUUCCCCCAGAACUAGUAGAGAAGGCGAAAGCAGACCUUUUUGAAGAUGCUAAUAAACUUCAAGACAGCAUACAGCAUCUCAAGGAUUGGAUUGCUAAACAACCCCAUUUGAAAGCUAGAACAGAUGAUCAAUGGCUUGCAGCAUUUCUACGAGGAUGCAAAUUCAGUUUGGAACGAACGAAAGAGAAGCUUGAUCUCUAUUAUUCAUUAAAAGUAUUUACAUCUGAACUCAACACACUCAAUCAUAGAGAUUCUAAAUUUAUGGAAAUUCUUAAAUUAGGAAUAACUGUAGUCUUGCCAAAGACAGAAAAAAUAACCGAUCCUAGAGUUAUCUUGAUUAGAAGUGGAAUGUAUUCUCCUGGACAAUACACCAUCGGAGAAAUUUUAUCAAUUGCCAAUGUCAUACAAAAGAUAAUGUACCUUGAAGAUGAUCAGCUUAUGGUAAACGGUGGUAUAUCCAUUAUGGACUUAAAGGGCACGAGUAUGGCGCAUUUUACUCAGUUUACACCUACGAUAAUGAAGAAAAUGGUUGUCGCUGGCCAAGAUGCAGCACCUGUUAGGAUGAAAGCAGCUCAUUAUAUUAAUAUGCCUUCUGGUUUUGAGACUUUAUUCAAUGUUGGUAAAACUUUUAUGAACGAGAAAAAUAGGAACAGAUUGCACGUUCACGGCAGAGAUUACGAAUCACUCUACAAAUUUGUGUCUAAAGACAUUCUACCAGCUGAAUAUGGAGGUAAUGGUGGUACUAUUGAAGAAAUAACAGACUACUGGGCAACGAAAAUAGAAGAAUAUAGACACUGGUUGGAUGAAGAAGAGAAGUACGGUACAGAUGAGUCUAAGAGACCCGGAAAACCAAAAACAUCAGAAGACUUGUUCGGAGUUGAAGGAUCUUUUAGGAAACUAGACUUUGAUUGAAGAAGGAAACUGCUUUUAAAAGGGCAGAGAGACAAGUAAAUUCUAUUAAGUACAUUGCACAUUGCAUUUUGGAGUUCGUAUGCACUGUAUUAUUAGUUUUAAUAAAAUUUUGUAUAUUUGUUAAUGUAAUUAUUUUUGAUUAUUAAUACAAAACAUCUACAUUUAUAACAUUUACAUUUAUUAUGGCAAAUUUACUUUAUAUGGUGUGACCAAAGGGUCUGUGCGCUAGCGAUGCGCGACUUGGAAUGUUACUAAUACUAAUCAUUCGAAUGGGCAAAUCAUUCGGAUAAGUCGAAUCCAAGCACAAUCAUUCGACUCGAGUAGAAUAAUUUAUCAAUACCGAAUGCCUUAUAGUCAGUUGGGUGCACGAGUCGAAUGAUUAUUAUAUCGGAACACCUAAUUCAUCAUGUCCAUAUCAGAAAAUAUCCCAGUCCCCGUCACAUUUACAGUGUUUACCAUAUGUCAGAGAGGGCUAGAUGAUUACGAGCAGUAAUGCUCUAUGGAAUCUAUGGAUUAAUACUACUAAUUAGUAAUGAAUGAUCAUUGAAAUCAUUCGAAUACGAAAAUUAGUUGGUUACUAAUUUGACAUUCGAAUGACAGGAUUAGCGAUUACUAAUGUGUCGAAUAUUGAA